AUGUAUUCUCAAGCUCCUGAACAAUGUUACAUGCAAAACAAUAUAUGUCGCAAAAAUUUUGCUACACCAAGUUCACUAAGUGUUAUGGAACAAGCACAAUUAUUAAAAAGACAAUAUCGCCAACUAUACAAACGUCAAUAUCAGUCAAUCAAAAAAAAAGACAAAUGUCUUCGUUUUACAUUUCCUAUUACGUAUCCAUGCCCAAUGAAAUUCAAGCGAAGGCGAUCAUCUGUCAUUAGCAAUUCUUCUAUAUUAUCUCAAUUAUCAUCAUCUUCUUUUCAACAAUCGCUACAAAAACAAAUGAACAAUCAAUUGUCAAAUACUAUGAACCGAUUAAGAUCAGCUGUUAGUAUUUCAUUUAUUGAUGAUAAAAGUGGUGAUAUAUCAAUAAAUAAAAUUCCGAAAAAACCUCAUUCAUCAUCGUUACUUAAUAAUCCAUCUAAAAAUAUAUCGACUAAUAAAACUCGUUCAUUCAAUGCAUAUUUAGGACAACAUAUAUGUCAAUUAUGUGGUUCAAUAUUGUCGAAUGGUAUAUGUUCAUGUAUUGUUCAAUAUUUGCUAAAAUUAAACAAGACUAAAGAAAAUGAUAUUCUCGUUCAACUCAAUGACAUAUUUGAGAAUCUUACGAGUAAUAAUAUAAUCACGUAA